AUGUCUCUUAGCACCACAUCAUUAAUGUUCGCUGUAAUGGAUUCUCUAAGGAAAUGGCUUUAUAAGCCCAGGAGAGAUGACACUUCCCUGCUUGCUCAGUUCUUUUUUGCGGAUGAAGCUCUUAAUCGAGUAGCUGCAGAACUCGACAGCUUCGAUGGGAGGAAAGAUCCACGUCGGUGUACGACCCUUGUCAACAAUCUGAGGCAGUGUCAAGAUACGGUUUUGAACAUCUGUAACCGUAUCAUGGACGAGAUGAUUCCAAAUGAACGAGCUAGCAGAGACUUCAGAGUCAAGUUUCCCGAUGAUGUUAUGCAGGACAAUCUUGCCGGGCAGCUUUGGUUUGGUGCUGAGUGCUUGGCUGCUGGAUCUAGCAUCAUGAACCGCGAGGUCGAGAGCGGUGCGAUGAGACCCUUAGCCAAGCAGCUGACCAAGUCACUCGAGACGGUGCGCUGCCUCCUCAGGGAAGCUGCGUUACACUCGGGGCACUCUCACGAGAUCCAAACCGAGAGGCUAACUCAAUCCCUUAAGCUGUUUGACAGGCUACUGGCGGAAUUCGAGUUGGCCUAUGUCAGCGCAAUGGUUCCCGUGAAGACUGUUCAAGAAUACGAACUCCAGCAGUGUGUCGUUGUUCUCUUCUCUGAGACACUUCAAAGGGCUUUGAAGAUGGGCCUGCUGAGCCAGGAAAUGGUCGAUCAGUACGAUCCCGCCCUGAUGUUCACCAUUCCUCGGCUGGCGAUAGUUAGUGGUCUGUUUAUGUUCCCUCAUGGGCCUCUGUCCCUCACCUCACCCUCAGAGAUGUCCGAAAUGUUCAGGCCAUUUUGGACCCUACUUGUAAGAAUAAGAGAACUACUCUGGACGUUGACAGAAGAUGAGUUGUUGACGUUAGAAAAAAUGUUAUGUUCCUCCGAAGAUCCAAGUCUUCCUCCUCAAUCCCAUCACCUUUGUCCUGAUACCAGCCAAGCUGAAGUCGAUGAAGAUAGAAAAUUUUGGACGGAAAACGUAACAGGUGAAGAGAGUAAAGAGAGCGGCGCAGGAGACAUCCCAACCCCAGAUGGAAACAAAGCUAGUCAGAUACUUCUUACCAACCAUCCUGAGGGUCACCAGAGUCCUGAGGAUUCUGGCUUCGUACAGAGCAACAGUGACGGGAGUCUAUCUGAUGGAGAGAAACCAUCGACAUCGAAUUGGAAACUAGAAGUGAUACCAUGCCAGUGUUCGUACACGCCCGACUGCGAAUGCCCGACCGACGUCAGGUGGGGAAAGGAGCCCUGGGGUCAGGUGAACAGGGUGCGGACGUACGAGGAGAACUGGGCGGAUCUCAGCCAUCAGUCUUCACGUCCCCAUGACAUCACUGGCAAGCACAUAGAAGCUGAAGGUGUCGCAAGCAGCUUUUCGUCAACAUGUUCGACAGCGAGUUUAUUAUCUAAUUGCAGCGCUAGCAGCGACACUUCAUCGUAUAACUCCGAAUGUCAAGAUGAGGUAGAAGUCGCUUUGGCUGUGAUCGCCGCUGAAUUAAGAAUAAGCCAAGAAGCACGUGCUAAAUUUAGAUCCAGUGCUGACUUAGUUCAUAGGCUUUUUGUAUGCAUCGCCGGUGUCGCGGACCAGCUCCAGACAAAUUUUGCUGGAGAUCUUCGUAAUAUCCUCAAAGCAGUAUUUCUCAUACAUUCCUCUGAUAAGUCUGACUAUCAGACUACCGACGACCCUGAAAAUGAAUGCUGCGAGAGAGGUGAAGAUGCCGUGGAGUGGGGUGAAAGAGAAACAGAAACCCCGCCGUCGUGGGUCCCGGACCAAGAAGCUCCAGCUUGCAUGGCUUGCUUUGCUCAGUUCACGGUCGUCAGGAGAAGACAUCACUGUAGGAAUUGUGGGAAAAUAUUUUGCGCUCGCUGUAGUUCCAACUCUGUACCACUUCCUCGCUAUGGUCACUUGAAACCCGUCCGCGUUUGUAAUAGGUGCUUCAUAUAUCAAGUUACACCUUUCACUUUAGAAGAUAAUAUACCGACCGCAAAUUGA